AUGCACCCAGAUGAGGCGAUCGAGCAGAUUGUGCACAAGGAGAAGAUCUGCUCCUUCAUCAUCAACGGCGUGACGGCGGUCACGCCGACAAACGAUGGGCGGCGACUACUGACGGGCGGUGCCGAUGGCAAGGUGCGCGUGUGGGCCGUCUCCAAGGCGCAGCAGGUGAUGGUCGCCUCGAUGCAGGAGCACAAGGGGCCAAUCUUUUCGAUUGCAAUCCGCGCCAACGACUCGGAGUGCGUCUCGGCGUCGGCGGACGGCUCAUGCAUCGUGUGGGCACUUGCUGGCCUCACGCCCUACACGCGAGUGGGCGUGCUGUUCGCGCCGCAGUUCUUCAAGUGCGCGGUCUACUUGCCGGACGAGUCGCAAAUCCUAACGUGCGGGACGGACCGCAAGGUGACGUACUGGGACAGCACUGACUUUUCGCAAAUUCGUGUCGUCGACGCUUCGGAGGAGGCGGAGAUGACCUCACUCCACAUCUCUGGUGACGGCACUUUCUUCGCCUCUGGCUCGGCUGACCGGCGGGUCAAGCUAUGGUCCUAUGACGAGGGUGUGGCGUACUGCGUCGGCAACGCGCACUCGAGUGCAGUCGCCGCCAUCAAAAUCUCCCCGGACGAGCAGACGGUGGUGUCGGUCGGCAGGGAGGGCGGAAUCAACAUCUGGAGGGUGCCAGAGGGCAUGGGCGCGGCGUGA